CCAAAUGCAGCUUGCAACCGUUAGAAAAUUCUGCCAUGUAAUUAUUCAAGCACGUGGGCAUUAUUUCUUCGCCGCAGCGACAAUUACCACCCCAGCCGGGCUCGACCCCGCUGACGACCUUUUGGUUGUGUUGGUCCCUCCGCUCUCCAACACCGCACGAUCGCCGCGACGCCGACCGCCGGCCACGCUUUCCUCUUUCUUCCCCGCCUUCUUCGCCCCCUAAACUAUUGCCGAGUCGCCCUUUCCUCUUUCCGCCACGUCCCGCUACAAUCUCUCCUCGACCUCCCGAUCCCCAUUUAUCGCGCCCGAAACUCAUCUCUCUCCCCCUCGAUCGGAUCAAGCAAAGCCAAAAAAAAAGCAAAGAAAACCCUCGCCGAUCGCUCCCACCUUUCCAGGCUUUCCUCUCCCUCCACGCCUCUUUUCGAUUGAUCUACCCAUUUCUUCCCUAAGGAGAGGGGGCAAAAAUCUCUCUUUUGUGAGAAUCUCUUGUUCGUUUGGUUGCUUAAGUCCAGCAGUCAAUCUUUCUCUCGUUGUUAAGGGUUUGCGGACAGCGAGCGGUCGGGGUUGGAUUGGAUGGAAGAUGGCCGAACCUCCUCUUGUUCUCGCUCCUGUGAAAGAGAACAAGGUGUGGAAAUGUGCGUUUGCCGUGGUUGGGAUCAUGAGCACUCUCGUCAUAUAUGGGGUCCUUCAGGAAAAGAUCAUGAGAGUUCCAUAUGGCGAAGACAAAGAGUACUUUAAAUACUCACUGUUUCUUGUUUUUUGCAACCGUAUUACAACAUCUGCAGUAUCUGGAGCAAUAUUACUGGCAAGUAAGAAAUCCUUGGAUCCUGCUGCUCCACUGUAUAAAUACUGUGGAGUAUCAAUAUCUAACAUACUGACCACAACAUGUCAGUAUGAGGCCCUGAAAUAUGUAAGCUUUCCAGUUCAGACACUUGCUAAAUGUGCAAAAAUGAUACCUGUAAUGGUUUGGAGUACACUUAUAAUGCAGAGGAGAUAUAAUGGGAAAGACUAUUUGUUUGCUGUUCUGGUUACAGCUGGCUGUACAUUAUUCAUUCUAUAUCCGGCAUCAAUUGACAUGAGUCCAUACAAUACAGGAAGAGAAAGCACUGCUUGGGGAGUUUUGCUUAUGAUUGGUUAUCUUGGAUUUGAUGGCUUUACGAGCACAUUCCAAGACAAACUUUUUAAGGGUUAUGACAUGGAAAUCCAUAACCAAAUAUUCUACACAACAAUGUGUUCUUGUCUUUUCAGCUUGACUGGACUUCUUGUGCAAGGUCAUCUUAUGUCUGCAGUAGAUUUUAUGCUUCGUCAUCAAGAUUGCUUCUAUGAUGUUGCAAUGCUGUCCACUGUAGCGACAGCCAGUCAGUUCUUUAUUUCUUUUACAAUCCGAACGUUUGGGGCUCUUACAUUUGCUACCAUAAUGACAACAAGACAGUUGGUGAGCAUUUUGCUGUCAUGUGUUUGGUUUUCUCAUCCCCUAAGUUGGAUGCAAUGGAUUGGAGCUGCCAUCGUCUUUGGAGCUCUUUACACGAAAAGCUUCUUAAAAGGCAAAGCACAAGCUGGGUAAUGGUUUGGAUGCAAAUUCUGCAACCAACACUUCAUGACACUUGAACUUCAAGUGGUUUUCAUCUUCGUGGGAAAAUCUUUGGUAUUUUCAUAAUUCUCUCGUUUAUGGACUUCCUCGUCAUGUUUGCUGCCCAUUGGCGUUGAUAGACAGGAUUAUGGAGAGAUGGAGCCACUAUAUUAAUCUUUUGGUCUACAGGAAGAACUUCAAUUUUUGAUAGGAUGAACUAGGUAGGUGGAAAAAGGGGAGAAGAAGAAAAGGAAGAACUUGCUUACCCAGAUACAUGUAAUGCUUUCAGGUGGAGAAAAUAGGACGAAAUGGUGGUGUUUACAUGUAAGAUAGGAAUAUUUUUGCCCUUUCAUUAUAAGUAAUACAUAUUAUGCAUGAAAAAAAAUUUAUCCAAA